ACCCCUCACAAGAACUGGGGAGGUUUUACAUCCAUUGAAUCCCAGGGAUUAUCCUGGCCCCAGCUCCCCGCUACCUUUUUCUAUGAUGGGAGAAAGCAGGAUUGUUUUUUGCACUUGUAGUGAGAGAAAAGCACAACCUCAGGGAGAUCUGCAUCUAUAGAAAUAUAUUUUCCUAAAGUGAAAAGACAAAACACCCUCUUCCCAGACUUUUGGGGUCAUUUGCAGCUGACACCGUCCGACUUCCUGGGUCUGUCAAACACAAGCCUGUCUCCCCUCUGGAAGCAGCAUUCAAUGAACUAGCUGAGUUGCAGGGCUCAGUAUGUUUUGUGGACAUACGUGUUUUUAAACUUUUUAAAGAACUUGAUAUCCUUGGGGUUUUUAUGAGUUUCCCUUAUUUUGUCACUUUCCUGCUCUCCGCACUGGAGACAGUUGUUGCCCUUGUUUUUUUCCUGGUGUUGCAGUACGGGGGACCUGAGUGGAGCUGGACUUUUUUAUCAACAAUCAAGUUGCCCUGGAGUCAUGUUCAUCUACCUGUUUAAGUGAGCAGGUUUGUCUCUUUCCUUCCUCGCGCCUGUUGGAUGUGAUGGAACUCAUGUUUGCAGAGUGGGAGGACGGGGAAAGGUUUUCCUUUGAAGACUCUGACCGCUUUGAGGAAGACUCCCUUUGUUCCUUCAUCUCUGAGGCGGAGAGCCUUUGCCAGAACUGGAGAGGAUGGAGGAAGCAAUCAGCUGGACCCAACUCCCCCACUGUCAGAAUGAAAGAUGGUUUGGUGAUUCCACUGGUGGAACUGUCUGCGAAGCAGGUGGCGUUUCACAUUCCAUUCGAGGUGGUGGAGAAAGUCUACCCCCCUGUACCUGAGCAGCUGCAGCUUCGCAUCGCCUUCUGGAGCUUCCCGGAGAACGAGGAGGACAUCAGGCUGUACUCCUGCUUGGCGAAUGGCAGUGCAGAUGAAUUCCAGCGGGGGGAGCAGCUUUUCCGGAUGCGGGCUGUCAAAGACCCUCUGCAGAUAGGUUUCCACCUCAGCGCCACAGUGGUACCACCGCAGAUGGUGCCCCCGAAAGGGGCGUACAACGUGGCAGUGAUGUUCGACCGAUGCAGGAUCACCUCAUGCAGCUGUACAUGUGGGGCCGGGGCCAAGUGGUGUGCCCAUGUUGUGGCCCUCUGCCUCUUCCGGAUACACAAUGCAUCUGCGGUGUGCUUGCGAGCGCCCGUUUCAGAGUCCUUGUCUCGGCUUCAGAGAGAUCAGCUACAGAAAUUUGCUCAGUACCUGAUCAGUGAACUCCCACAACAGAUCCUUCCUACCGCUCAGCGCCUACUGGAUGAGCUGCUGUCUUCUCAGUCCACUGCCAUCAACACAGUGUGUGGAGCCCCAGAUCCCACUGCUGGUCCCUCAGCCUCAGACCAAAGCACCUGGUACCUGGAUGAAUCUACUUUAAGUGACAACAUAAAGAAAACCCUUCACAAGUUCUGUGGGCCCUCUCCUGUUGUCUUCAGCGAUGUCAACUCGAUGUACCUCUCCUCCACGGAGCCGCCAGCUGCUGCAGAGUGGGCGUGUCUCCUCCGUCCCCUGAGAGGCAGAGAGCCGGAGGGGAUCUGGAACCUGCUCUCCAUUGUUCGGGAGAUGUUCAAGCGAAGGGACAGCAACGCAGCCCCUCUGCUGGAGAUCCUGACUGAGCAGUGUCUGACCUACGAGCAGAUAACGGGUUGGUGGUACAGCGUGCGAACGUCCGCCUCCCACAGCAGUGCUAGCGGGCACACCGGGCGCAGCAAUGGCCAGUCGGAAGUGGCUGCACAUGCCUGUGCCAGCAUGUGCGAUGAGAUGGUGGUUCUGUGGCGCCUGGCUGUGCUAGACCCAACCAUCAGCCCACAGAGGCGCAGGGACCUUUGCACCCAGCUCCGCCAGUGGCAGCUGAAAGUCAUAGAUAAUGUCAAGAGGGGGCAGCACAAGAAGUCCCUGGAGAAGCUCUUCCAGGGUUUCAAGCCCGCUGUGGAAGCCUGCUACUUCAACUGGGAGGAGGCCUAUCCCAUCCCUGGCAUCACCUACAGCAGCGCGGACAAGAAGAACUCGUUCUGCUGGGUGAAGGCGGUCCAGCAGAGGAGCUGCCGCUUGCAAUGUGCAGAGACCGCGUGUGAAGCAGGCAGAGGCCUGGGGCAGGAGCCUGGGGACAGGUCACGCCCCUCUUCGCAAGAGCCAGCCGUCCGCCCGAAGGAGCUCCUUGGGAAGCGGAAGGCUGUCUCGGAAGCCCCGCAGCGAGCUUUGCGCCGCCUCUCGGCAGAGGGAGAGAAGGCCGUGUACAAGCCAGCAGCAGGCAAGGCCAAGCUGCCGGUGGGGAAAAGCGUCGCCAGUAAGCACAGUGGGAAACGCCGCAUGAGCAGUGAGGACAGCUCUCUGGAGCCAGAUCUGGCAGAGCUGAGUCUGGACGACAGCAGCUUGGCUCUGGGGGCGGAGGCCAGUAACACCUUCAGCUUCACCGAGAGCCCCGUGAGCAGGAGCUACAGGGACACCUUUGAAGAGGAUGGGGGGGUGUACUUCUCAGAAGGGCCGGAGCCCAGCGCCAGGAGCAAUCCCGCUGCCAAGAAAGCGCCCAAGGACCCUGAAGAGGGAGCGGGCAGCGGCGACGACGAGCUGCCCUCUGCCGACGAGAACGGCGGUGGGCCGGGCCGGAAGGCGGAAGCGGGCGAGAAUGGCGCAGCAGGGGGCGGGCAGGAGGGAGAAGAGGACGAUGAUUACCAGGUGUACUAUCUGAAUCCCCAGGAGGUGGCCAAGGAGGAGGAGGACAAAGUGGAGGGGGGCAAUGAAGAGGAGCAGGACAUCUUUGCUGGCAUAAAGCCCCUGGAGCAGGAGAACAGGAUGGAGAUCCUCUUUGCCUGUGCGGAGGCGCUCUACGCGCACGGCUACAGCAACGAAGCGUGCCGGCUGACUGUGGACCUGGCCAGGGACCUGCUGGCCAACCCUCCGGAUCUCAAGGUGGAGCAGCCCCCCACCAAGGGGAAGAAGAACAAGGUGUCGACCAGCAAGCAGACGUGGAUGGCGACGUUCGCCCUGGAGCUCCAGAGACCCCCGGCCUCGACCAAGGCCCUGGAGGUGAAGCUGGCCUACCAGGAAUCGGAGGUUGUGGCCUUGCUAAAGAAGAUCCCUCUGGGCACCAAUGAGAUGAACACCAUUCGAGGAAGGGCGGAGGAGCUGAGAGAAGGGACCUUGUGUGAUUACCGCCCUGUCCUGCCUCUCAUGCUGGCCAGCUUCAUAUUCGAUGUGCUGUGCACUCCAGUGGUUUCUCCCACAGGGUCCAGGCCCCCAAGCCGCAACUGGAAUAACGAAAUGCCUGGAGACGAGGAGCUCGGCUUUGAGGCAGCUGUUGCCGCACUUGGCAUGAAGACCACAGUGAGCGAGGCAGAGCACCCUCUGCUGUGCGAGGGCACCCGGAGGGAGAAGGGCGACCUGGCUCUCGCGCUGAUGAUCACUUACAAGGACGACCAGUCUAAACUGAAAAAGAUUUUAGACAAACUGCUCGACAGAGAGAGCCAGACGCACAAGCCACAGACUCUCAGCUCCUUCUACUCAUCCAGCAAGCCCACAGCAGCCAAUCAGAAAUCUCCUUCCAAACACGCGGCCCAGUCCGCCGCUGCGCUCCAGCAGCUGCCCGGGGCGCCGGUGGCUCAGCAGGCCGGGGUCGCCACGGCAGCGCAGAGCAGCCCUUCCGAGGGCUUGGCGGAGAAGAGUGCCCAAGAGAGCUCUCAGAGGUCUCCCUGCGAGCCGCCUGGGGAGUCCGGUGUCGUGAAACAGGAGGGGAAGGUUCCCAGUCGUCUGGCCCUUGGAAGUCGAGGGGGAUACAACGGGCGAUGCUGGGGCUCCCCCGUCAGGCAGAAGAAGAAACAUACAGGCAUGGCCAGCAUAGACAGCAGUGCUCCCGAAACCACCUCGGACAGCUCUCCGACCCUCAGUCGGCGGCCCCUGCGCGGGGGGUGGGCAGCCACCUCCUGGGGCAGAGGCCAGGACAGCGACAGCAUUAGCAGCUCGUCCAGUGACUCGCUGGGCUCCUCCUCGUCAAGUGGCAGCAGGAGAGCCAGCGGCGGAGCACGCGCCAAGACUGUGGAAGUGGGCAGGUACAAAGGGAGGCGGCCGGAAAGCCACGCCCCACAUGUCCCAAACCAGCCCUCGGAAGCAGCCGCCCACUUCUACUUCGAGCUGGCCAAGACCGUCCUCAUCAAGGCAGGCGGGAACAGCAGCACCUCCAUCUUCACCCACCCCUCCUCCAGCGGCGGGCACCAGGGGCCCCACCGCAACCUCCACCUCUGCGCCUUUGAGAUCGGGCUCUAUGCACUCGGGCUGCACAACUUCGUGUCUCCCAACUGGCUCUCACGGACCUACUCCUCCCACGUCUCCUGGAUCACAGGGCAGGCCAUGGAGAUCGGCAGCGCAGCCUUGAACAUCCUGGUGGAGUGCUGGGACGGACACCUGACUCCCCCGGAAGUGGCGUCGCUGGCAGACAGGGCGUCCCGGGCCAGGGACUCCAACAUGGUGCGCGCGGCCGCUGAACUGGCACUCAGCUGCCUGCCCCAUGCCCAUGCCCUGAACCCAAACGAGAUCCAGAGGGCCCUGGUGCAGUGCAAGGAGCAGGACAACCUGAUGCUGGAGAAGGCCUGCCUGGCGGUGGAAGAGGCGGCCAAGGGCGGAGGGGUGUACCCGGAAGUCCUGUUUGAAGUGGCACACCAGUGGUACUGGCUGUACGAGCAGACUGUCGGGGGGGCCCCGGCCCAGCGAGAAGGAGCCACUGGCUGCAGCGCCAGCGGUGCCCGGGCAGCCUCUGAGGCCGUGCGUGGUCUGACGGACAGCAGGGUGGCGGCUGAGCCCACCACGGUGACGGUGGCAGCUGCAGUGACAGCAGCGGCGACCGUUGUGCCCGUGAUCUCGGUGGGGUCCACCAUCUACCAGCAGCACACGAUGGCCGGGCCAGCCAUGGCCCAUACGCACACCCAGGGCCUGCACCCCUACACUACUCUGCAGACCCAUAUACCCUGUAACCCCCAGUAUAUCGGACACCCAAUCCAGCACAUGCCACGCCCAGCAGUCUUCCCUGUGCCUGGCUCAGCAUACCCCCAGGGUGUCCACCCAGCGUUCAUAGGAGCCCAGUACCCCUAUUCUGUAACAACGCCAUCCCUGGCAGCUACGGCGGUGUCCUUCCCUGGGGUGCCCGUCCCCUCCAUGACCCAGAUCGCAGUGCACCCGUACCACGCCGAGACAGGCCUGUCGCUGUCUUCCAAUGUCGCAAUAGGGAGCGUCCAUGCGGGAUCGACAUUCCCAGCAAUCCAGGGGGCUUCCUUGACGGCUCUUUCGUCACAGCCCAACUCCCUUGUCACAGGGGGCUUUCCUCCCGAGGACGAACAGCACAGCCAGCCUGUGAGCCCCCAGGGUGUGCACUACCUCCACUCUGCCUACCGCGUCGGGAUGCUGGCACUGGAGAUGCUUGGCCGGAGAGCUCACAACGACCAUCCCAACAACUUCUCCCGCAGCCCGCCGUACACCGAGGACGUGAAGUGGCUCCUGGGCUUGGCUGCCAAGCUGGGUAAGGAGCCGGGGAGUCGGGCUCUCACCUGCAUGCAGGGCCUGGAGGGAAGGCCUGCUUCCUCCUCUCCUAGGGCAGAAUCCGGGGCCCACCAGGAGACAGCUGGUCGGGUCCAGUUCUCCCUCCGUUCCCUGGGGCGCUGGAGAGCCCCAGCUCCUCGGCAGCCAUCUGCCGGUUGUGCGUUUCCAUGGUGCUCUUACAUCCACCACCGCCUGAUCCACCUCACGCCCGCUGACUACGACGACUUCGUCAACGCCAUCCGCAGCGCCCGCAGCGCCUUCUGCCUGACGCCCAUGGGCAUGAUGCAGUUCAACGACAUCCUCCAGAACCUGAAGCGCAGCAAGCAGACCAAGGAGCUGUGGCAGCGGGUGUCUCUGGAAAUGGCCACCUUCUCCCCGUGAGCGGGCGGACCGCCGGGGCCAUGCAGGCCUCUACCCUGGGGAGCGGAGCUCCAGUCCCACCAGCGCGCCUCACGCUCGCCCUGAUUUUAGUUUGAACUGGUUGGCAGCCGCUGAUCUGCCGUAUCGAUGCCGUGACAUUCCUGGCGCUCGGCUUCCCUGGCGCGUCCUGCUGCGCCGGGGAGGGAACGAGAAGCCGAAGAGCUGGCUUCCUUGUGGCGGAGCCUCGAUUUUGCCCUGCGCCCCAGAGGCUGCCCCACGUGCGGUUUGCAGUGUGUGUGCAGGGGCCGGGAGCGUCUGUCUUCAAGCAAAUAUUUAUUUUGGCAUUUAUACGUGUAAACUCUUUUGUAUGGGCAGCGGCAUAGGCCAGAGCUGCCCAGGAGGCUGGGCCUGGCUCGGCGCCACCGGAGCGCCCAGGCCCUUCUGCUGAGGAGCUGAGACAGGACUAGCAGGGUUGCCCUGCUGCCAAUCUCCAUAGUCCCUCCAGCAGCUGCUGGGGAGAGGCUGGGCAGUCAGGCCUGGUCUAUGCUCAGCUGCCUGGAGGCUGGGCUGAGCGGCUUGGGCCCUACUGACCCUGGUCACUCUCAGUUGUACAAUCGUGUUCCUGUGGGCUGGGCUCCUGCUCUCCUGUAAUCAGUUUCUUAGCCCUCGUCUCUUGUUUCCUGAUUAAACACUCGUUUUCUUA